AUGCUGCUCCUCUCUCUCCUCCUGCUCGCCUCGGACUUGGUUUCCGCUCGGGGGGCGAUUGGAAAGCGCAGCGUCGUAUCCAGCCCCUCUCCUUUCCAAGCCGCAAGCUCGCUCACCCCAUCCUCUCACGUCCUAAGUCUCACCAGCCAAAAAUCAGCCAAAGGAUAUAACGCCCGCAGUGCCGCCCACCUCCUACACCACAGAUCCUCGCCCGGGAACGUCCCCAUUAGCACACACUCCACCGGGCUUCUCUCCCUCAUAGAAGGCGAGGAAUUUGCCACCAAUAUCACCUUCGGGACCCAAACAUUUGAAGUCAUCGUCGACACUGGCUCUUCUGACACCUGGCUCGCGGAAAGCGGGUUCCAGUGCGUGAAUAUAACUAACGCGGCGCCGCUUUCAGAGGCCGACUGCUACUUUGGGCCGACAUUUGAUGUGGAUGAGACUUUUAGCCAGAUCCCGGGAGAGAAUUUUAACAUCACCUAUGGGGAUGGGGAGUUCCUUACCGGAAUUAUGGGGUAUGAGAAUGUGACACUGGCGGGCAUUGAGGUCCGUCAGGAAGUGGCGUUGGUGAACUAUGCAGCGUGGGAGGGAGACAGCACAACCAGUGGCUUGGUGGGCUUGGCGUACCCUUCUUUAACGAGUGCCUACAAUGGCACCAAUCCCUCCAAUGACACCGUCCAGGAAGUCUACAGCCCAAUCUUCAAAACCAUGUAUACCCAAAAUCUUACUGCCCCUCUCUUUUCCCUCGCCAUCCUUCGCGACGUCUCUGGACCCUCUGGCUACCUUGCUCUGGGAGGUACUCCGCCCGUAGACUUCGUGGAGGAUUUCACCAGCACGCCCAUUCUGAUUACGACAAUCACCGGCUAUCCCAAGACCUAUGGCUUCUACACCAUUAAAGUUGAUUCCAUCGAACUGGGCAAGAGUUCCCUCGCAGGAGGAACAUACAUCGUCGAUUCAGGCACUACUCUCAACUACGUGCCGACCCCUGUCGCCAAUGCUAUCAACCGUGCAUUCUCCCCUCCUGCCGUUUAUAACGAGGAUGAGGGCGCGAAUGUUGUGGAUUGCAAAGCGAAAGCUCCAACCCUGGGAAUCAAGAUCGCGGGUACCGUAUUUUAUAUCAAUCCGCUUGAUAUGAUUCUGCUUGCGGGGACGGAUGCAAAGGGGAAUGAUAUCUGUAUAUCGGGUGUUGUUGACGGAGGAAAUGACCCUUCGGAGGAUGUGUAUAUUCUAGGAGAUGUCUUCCAGAAAAAUGUGGUGUCCGUGUUUGAUAUUGGCGCGACAGAGAUGAAGUUUGCGGCGAGAGAGUAUUACCCCAGUAAUGAUCCCUAUUGA